AUAAUGCUUGCUAAAUAUACGAGUUGAAUGAUGGUAGAAUGAGAGAGAGUAGCUACUUUAAUUGAUGGGAAACGAGGAGAUAAUUCCUUGAUUAUUUGUAAAAUACUAGCACAUUCCAAAUGAGUACCGUCGAGUAUGGUUUCCCAACGAUUGGCGGAUUAAUGCCGCAAAUACAAGCUCUCAUAGCACCACCGAUAUCUGAAGAUUCCAAGGCAGCUAAAACAAAAAAGGAAAAGGAAGAGAAGAAGCAUCCGUAUUUUAAGAGACGUGGUCGCGGUCACAAUCGUGAUUUCUGUGAUGCUUGUAGAGAUGGCGGAGAGCUUAUAUGUUGCGAUAAGUGUCCAGCUUCCUAUCAUUUACAAUGCCACUACCCUGCAGUGGAUCCUACAGAUAUUCCUAAUGGAGAAUGGUUAUGUUAUGCUUGCCGUUGUGCUUCUAAAAGAGAACUUUUGGAUAGCAAAGGAAAUGAAAAAAAGAAAAAAUCUGCACUGGAAGUAUUAGCAUUGGCGGCUUCUCUAGUAAAUCCAAGAGAAUUUGAGUUACCCAAAGAAUUACAAUUGCCUAUAAUGUUCCCUGGAAGCAAUAAAGUGGAUUAUGUAUCUGGCAGGAGAGGUAAACAGUUUAGUUCAUCGUACAAUAAUGUUGGAAAAAGUCAUUGCUUGGACAGCAACUUAAUGGUUCCACUGCCAGCUCGUUUAUGUUUUGAAUGUGGACGUAGUUGCAGGAAAGCUCCAUUAAUCGCAUGUGACUAUUGUCCAUUAUAUUUCCAUCAGGAUUGCUUAGAUCCUCCGCUGACUGCCUUGCCUAUUGGUAGAUGGAUGUGUCCCAAUCAUCCAAAUCAUUUCAUAGAUCAACAUCUGUUAACUUCUUGCAGAGUGACAGAACGCAUAAAACUCUGGGACAGAUAUGCUAAUCAACCAAUAGAUCAGCACGCAGUAAAAUUGGAUUUUCUGCGUAAAGCGCGCACUGCCAAUCCGUUAUUUCGUACAAAAGUGAGAUUAGAAGGUCGUCCACGAAUAAAAGUUCCUUGCAGUGUAAAGUUCCAUUAUGAGAAUCCACCACAAUUAGAUCCUGUACAAUUUUCUCAAGAUUGUCUGAUAUUGCCUGUAAAAAACACUAUAGACAAAGAUGAACAACAUAGAAAUUCUGAAAAAACAGACAAUAGCAAUGAUAAUUGUAUAGAAAAUGAAAUAAUUGAAACUAUUAAAGUGAAAGAAGAGAAAGAGGGACAUAAUACAAUCUCGGAUGAGAGAUGUGAUCAACAGGAAGUGUCAGAUGCAAAUGAAAAUACGAAUGUAGUGGAUAGCAAGACUGUAACAGAUAGUUCCAAGGAAUAUAAUCUUGAAUUUCAUGCAAGAUAUUGUGGUUAUAACAUUAAAGAAGGUAUCCAGUUAUUAGAAAGACCAGUGUUGGAGGCAUUAGCACAACAAAGAUUAGAUCAGAUAUUAAAUCCAGAUGGGGAGAGUUAUGAAACAAUAAAUUGUCAUAGAAGAGCAAGAGCUGUAUUAUUUUCUUUAAGCCCUAAGUCUAAUCCACCAGCUUUCAUAACUCGUAAAACCUUUGUUAUUGGCAAUGGCCCCAACUGUGACUUAGUUUUAUCCAAUUAUGGUAAUUGUGGAUUUACAUCCUCUAAACAUGCAAUUAUAUUUUUUGAUGAGGCGACUAAACAUUAUGAAUUACUCAAUUACAGCGAAUAUGGAACAGUAGUGGACAAUGUAUUGUAUUCUUGUGAUUAUACUCGAGAUUUAGAAGACCAAGUAAAAGAGGAAAAAACUAACAAAGCUACAAGUGUCACCAAGGAAGAAGAAACUUCUGAAAUAAUAAAAACAAUUCUACAUAAGAAGGAAACGGCUUGCUUGCAAGAAUAUGCGCACAAAAAUGAUAAAAUUUUGUGUAAAUGCAAUGCAAAACAUGACGCUGAUCGUUUAGAGGAGGGAUGGGAGGGAAGCGCAAUUAUCGCGCACGGCUCUACCAUUACUUUUGGUUGUCUUAUGUUUGUAUUCAAUACAUUGAAUUUAUAUGUAGAUAGGUGAAAUAUUUCUAAAAUGUAAAUAUCUUCUAUUGUACAAUUUUAUAAACCAAUACAAAAUAAAUUAUAUACAAGUA